UGGAGCAGGACCGGGACAUCUCCUCCCCGAAGCCGUACUGGAAGGAGUUCAGGUUCGACCUGACCCAGGUGCCCGCGGGGGAGGCGGUGACGGCCGCUGAAUUUCGCAUCUACAAGGCACGAGGUGUCACCCGCCACGCCAACAGCACCCUGCACCUCAGCAUCUACGAGGUCGCCACCGAGCACGCCAACAGGGAGUCUGAGCUGUUCCUGCUGGAUGUGCAGGACCUGCGUGGUGGCACCGAGGGCUGGCUGGUGUUCGACGUCACCGCCGCCAGCAACCACUGGUUGGUGGAGAGGAAAUACAACCUGGGGCUGCGGCUGUACGUGGAGACGGACGACGGGCACAGCGUGGACCCGGGCUCGGCGGGGCUGUUGGGGCGCCGGGGACCCCGCUCCAAGCAACCUUUCAUGGUGACGUUUUUCCGGGCGAGCCCCGGCCCCGCGCGCGUGACGAGGGCGGCCAAGGCCCCGCGGAGGCGACAGCCCAAAAAGACCAACGACCUCCCGCACCCCAACAAGCUGCCGGGGAUUUUCGACCAUGUCCCCGCUGGUGACGGGCUUCAGGUCUGCCGGCGCCACGAUCUCUACGUCAGCUUCCAGGACCUGGGCUGGCUG